AAGACCAAGAUCACUGACCGGGCACCUUGCAGAUCGACUGAAAAGCAAAGCAAAAUGACGAAGGCAUUGGUGCUUUUAGCUGUUGGCGCGGAGGAAAUGGAAACUGUCAUAACCGUAGAUGUGUUGAGAAGAGGAGGGGUAGAUGUGACUCUAGCCGGACUAGCUGGAAACGAACCUGUAUUGUGUUCUAGAAAUGUCAAACUUGUCCCAGACAUGAGCUUGGAAGAUGCUAUGAAGUCUGCUCCAUAUGAUGUGGUGGUCUGUCCAGGAGGAGGGGAUGGAGCUAAGGCCCUGGCAGAGUCAGCGGAAGUGAAGAAGAUCCUGGAAGCUCAGGAAAAAGACAACCGGUUUAUUGCUGCUGUCUGUGCAGGACCAACAGCACUCCUGAGUCAUGGUAUUUGUAAAGGUAAAAAGAUCACCUCCCACCCUGGAUGUAAAGACAAGAUGUCGGCUACAGGUGACUACACCUAUUUAGAUGAGCGUGUUGUUCAAGAUGGAAAACUCAUAACUAGCAGAGGUCCUGGAACGUGUUUUGAAUUUGCACUCAAGAUUGUGGAAAACCUACAAGGAAAAGAAACGGCGGAUCCUUUAGUUGCUCCAAUGUUAGUAAAGAUGUAAAUUUUAUCUGAGAAACAGUUUAACAGAUACUUUGAACGACUAAUUAUAACGGAUUGUUAUAGUAAUUUGAAUAUGCAUGCUGCCAGGGAAGUGAGGCAGUUUAUAGACGUUGGAAGGGAAGGGAGAUAACUCUUAAUGGAAUACCUGCAUGUUGAAACACGGCAAAAAUGUGAGCCCCUCCCUUGAAAUUUACUGCUUGACGUGGGGAUAUAAAACUGCCCUAAGCGACUGCCUUCGCGUCACAUAUUCAA